UUGAUAUUUUUGUGAUCGUGUUUUUCCGUACGUUUCUUUGGAAUUUUCCAUUAAAUCAGUCAAUCACCUGUUAAAUUCUCAUUAGAGAGCAAGCGUACUUAUAAUUUUCCUACAGACCGUUUGACUGUAAUAUAAUUGUUUUGUAAAUUAGAUGCGAACCAAGUACUUCGAAGAAUGACGACGGAGUGAUCUCUGUUGAUGUUUCGAGCGAGGUACUCGUAGACUCCAUCACAGAAGUUCCACCAGACUUAAUCAUGACUACUGAGGGAAAUGUAGAAAAUGGAGAGGAUCCGACAAGACUGACUCUGGCAUAUGAAAGACUGUACGAAAUCCCACGCACAAUAGUUGAACGGUUCGCAGACCAUGUCUGGCAUCUGGACAUCAGCCACAACAAAAUCACGAACCUGGACCCUCUGGUGCACUUCAAGCACCUCACAUCACUCAUCGCGGAUGACAACCCCAUCACAGAGAACUGUAUGCUGCCACCAUUACCCAAACUACAGCUGUUAUGGGUCAACUAUUGCAAGAUCGGCUCCCUGUACCCAUGGGUGGCUAAGCUGAAGGAAUCCUGCCCCAACCUACAGUACCUGUGCCUCAUGGGCAACCCGGCAGCACCGAGUUAUCUCAAUGGCGGGAACUUCUAUGACUACCUACAGUACAGGCUAUUCGUAAUCUCCCAAUUCCCGUCCCUCAACCACCUGGACGACCGCAAAGUCACCGAGGACCAACGAGCCGAGGCCCAGCGCCUCUACAAGAGGCCGUUCUUCGAAAGGAUCGUGAAGCCCAGCUCCGGAGGUAUCUCUCAACUCAUACACGCACCCGUUAAAUGGAGCAGCUUUCAGAAUAAGAUCACCUCGUUGUGGGCAGGUAAAGAGGAGCGGAAUUUGUUGAUUUAAGUGCAUUUUUAUUUA